UCACCUUCUACACACCACAUACAAUAUCUCGUCUUCCUCACUCUGUGCAAACCACACAUAUUUAAAAUUUUCUCAUGGCUUUCUGGGGUAAUGCUCAUAUCCGUGGGGGAGCUGCAUUCUCCAUCUUCCAAUAGCUUCUCUUAGAUUCUGGUUAGUUUGGUUUUCAGGCCCCUUACUUUUCAUGUUUCAUUUUUAGGUACCUUUUUGGGGUGUGCUCAACCACUUAUGUUCUUGGAAGGUUGUUGGCAUGCUGGAAAUUUGUAUUUUCUGAGCACUCUUUUCUUUCCUUUUUUUUUCCUUUAUGCUUGGGGUGGUGGGGUUGCAAAGAUGCAGUUGACCUCUUUCUUGUUAGUGGAGAUUUGAUGUAUUAGUUGUUAAUGGAGAUUGAAAAUAGGAAAACCUGAAACACGACGGGUAUGAUUUUACUAUUACAAAAAAAAAAAAUAUGUGCGUCCAAUCUCAGAGCUGAUCUUCGUCUCCAUUACCUUUAGACGCCACCCACCGUGUUCACACAGAUGCAGAACCAUUUUAACUUCUCAACAACCAGUUCAUGCUUCUGAACUUUUAACCUCUCCCGUUAAGAAUUUGUGACGUUCCUAAUUUUACCUUCUUUCACAUGGUUUCCAUGACCCUUUCUUGAAUUGUCCACUCCAUCUCCAUCCAAUACCAUGUGGUGGUUUGGAAUCGGCAAUUCUGUUUGAACUGUCUGAGAAACUCUUAAAGAUGGGGUUUGGGGGGGGGUUUUUUUGGUUAAAGAUGCGUGAUCCAGUAGUACUGGAAAUCUUAGAGCUGGUCAGCUUUUCAAUCUCUCUUGUUGCCGGGUGACCUAGAGGAUAUGCUUUUCUAGAACACGCAUCCUUAUCGUAGUUUUGACGCUGAGUAUGCAGAAUUGUCAAGCAAUUUAACGUGUCAAUGCUUGGGAGACAUAUCCUGUUUCGUAGGAUCAUUUGACUCUCUUCUGGGGUAGAAGGAAAUGUGUUUCGCUGGAUAAGUUAGAAGUGAGAAAACACGUCCUUAUUCGUGAUUAGGACUUAACAAAAGAGGAGCCGUUGGGGAACAUGAUAUAAUUUUGUUUGAAGACCGAAUAUAUAAGCAGUGUGUUUUGGCAGGAACUAGGAAUAGGAAGAGAUGCCCAAUGCAAUGGGCUGCCAUGCCUUAGCAAUGAAGCAAGUAAAAUGCAAAAACUGGCGACCUUUACUGGAUGGCGAGUGUGACUCUCUUGGUCUUGGUGUGUCUUUCUCUGCUUAAUUGCAAACUGAGCGCCACCUAUGUGGUAGGACAAUCACAUCAGUUUGGCUGAAUUCAUACCACCAGAGUUUAAGUGUGUGGUAGUUGGAGCCUUGAAGUCUCACACGCUUUAGGCCUAGCACAAUAGUGUGUACACAGUCGCUACUAAUUGACUGCAAAGGCGACCCCCAAAAAUCAUUGGUCCCAAACCCUUAGACUUGAUAUAAAAAAUUUAUUAAUAAAAAAUAAAGAUAGAUAGAACGACAAAUAAAGAUGCAUAAUUCACUAAGAAGUCAUCUCUCAAAUCCUUGGCUUGGCUUGGCAUGGCAACCUUUUUGUUUCUUCUCGGAUCUAGCAAACUAAAUUGUCAUUUAGAGAACGUGCGAGGAAAGAGGAUAAGAAAUUGAUUUUGGGUUUUGCAAUACAAACUGCAACAAAGGAUGGUGAUGAUGAUGAUGAUGAUGAGCAGAUGGGGUUCCUUGGCCUGGGCAAGAAGGCUUUAUUUGUCUUUAUUGGGAGACUUGACCGGAAGAAAUAAUAUUUUAUUUUGCCACCAUGGAUGGGGGGAUAAGAAGCAAAAGCAGCAGAAAUAAAAACGGAUAAGAUGGACCUGUGUAUGUGUCUCUGUCUAUUCUUAGAAAACAUAUAUAGAGCUCAAACACUUCUUCUACUGUCCCCGCUUGCCCAUUGCCUAUAAUCAAUCAAAUUCUCUUCUGUGGUUAUACAUACCCCCCCCCUAUAUUUAUUACAAAAUUCUUCGACCAAAAUACAAUAACAAAUUUAAUUUAAAAAAAAAGAAGAAGCAGAAAUGAUAAAAAGGGGUGUUACCCGUCGAUUGUGGACACGAGGCCGGCCGGCCAGGCAGGCAGUGAGUGAUAACGGACGGCGGAGGCUGGUUGAGGUUGAGCCGCACAUGGUAGCCGCUCCCAAGUCCCAACUCGAUUGAUGUUAUACUUUUAUUACUUAAUACGAUUACUAUUCUUUAAUUAAUAUAUAUAUAUAUAUAUGUGUGGAGAGAGAGAGAGAGAGAGAGAGAGAGAGAGAGAAUUGAGAUUUAGUAGAAGCAGAAGCAGUGAACAUAAAUCAUCAAUCGAGUGGUAGAGAACAAUGAGAUGACUGCUUGAUUCUCCCUUUUUUAUCUCAAUCACAUAUUAUAUUAUUGUAAAGUCGGUUGGGAAUAAUUUAACGGUAAGUUUUUAUUAUUAUUAUUAUUAUUAUUAUUAUUAUUAUUAUUAUUAAAACAUUUUUCUUUACGGGUCGGGUAAACUCUAUAAAUAGCUGCGAAGCUGGUCGCUCUCUUUCCAAUUUGUUCAUGAAAACACAGCGUUGAAAGCUUUUUGAUACAGAUAAGCUAUAAGCCUCUCUUCCACAAUCCGGGCCCCUACUCUACUCUCUCUCUCUCUUUCUCUCUCUGCCACAUGAGUCGGCUUCGUUUGAGAAUCCUCGGCGAGGUGAAGGUGAAUUCAUCCACCCCGCCGCCGACGAUUAACAACGUCGAUUCGGACUUCGUCGUUAUCAUCGCCGCCCUGUUGUGUGCCCUAAUCUGCGUGCUCGGCCUCGUCGCCGUCGCUCGCUGCGCCUGGAUCCGCCGCCUCGCCGGCCGUUCCCCUCCUACGGCGCCGGGGAACAAAGGCCUCAAGAAGAAAACGCUCAAUUCUCUUCCCAAACUGACUUACACGGCUGAAAUGGCCGGCAAAUUCUCGGACUGCGCUAUUUGCUUGGCCGAUUAUGUCGCCGGAGAUGAGGUCCGAGUGCUGCCGCAGUGCGGCCACGGCUUCCACGUUGCCUGCAUCGACACCUGGCUCGGAUCUCAUUCGUCGUGUCCGUCGUGCCGGCAGCUCCUGGUGGCCGGCCGGUGUCAGAAGUGCGGUGGACUUCCGGAGAAUUCCGCAGAUGCCGUGGCCGAGGCCAGAUUGGAGCAACAAAGACAGUUUGAUCUAAACACUUUCUUGCCUUGAGGUACUUGAGGGAUUUCCCCUUGUACUACUCUUGUCAAUUAUUUUUCACUUUUUCUCUAAUUUCCAGAGCCUUAGUCAAGCCAUUAGUAAUAGCACCUGGCAAAACCAAAUUAUCCAUUGCCUGUAAUCCGUUUGUACAUAGUGCAGUUAAUUUAAAAGCUACAAAUAUGUGAGCAUUCUUAACUUA